GGCAGAGUCCUCGGCCGCAUGCGAGGUGUGCGAAGGCGCGGAGGAGAUGACGGAGCCGCUGAAGCAGUGCACGGCCUGGCUGCACGCCUACUUCUGCGAGCCGGCGAGGAUGGCGAGCCUUCCCGUGCCGGCCUUCCACCACCCGCUGCUCCGGCGAGAUUCGUUCACCAGGCAGGUGCUGUGGACCCUGUUGAGAGACGUGAAGUUUGGAGAGGCCGUUUCCUACAAGCAGCUGGCAGACCUCGCAGGCAACAGCAGAGCGGCGAGAGCGGUGGGAGGAGCGAUGAGGAGCAAUCCC